AUGAAGAGGUGUCUGAAGAAAGCAAUGACAGCAAUAGGUAUCGUGAAGGCGGUCACCAGCAGGUGCCUGUUCGCUGCCCAUGGGUUUGUGUGCAUCUGGAGAGUGGUGGUGAUGAAGGGAGACCCUCUCUACUGGUGUCUCACAGGCUCGCUCCCGCUGCUCAUUCUGGAAGGAGUUUUUACAUUGAAGAAAAAGAAGGGCAGAGAGUGGAAAUGGAUAUGUCCCAGUGUGCUUCUGUACCUGGCCACAACAGUUCCUGCUAUCUGGUUCCUGGAGCUAAACCUCCUGGACAGAAGGAUCCUGGCAGUCAGGACGGGGGGCAGGGCAUCCGUCAACGCCUCUAGGACCGAGAAGAUUACUGUGUGGAACAGCCAGAUAAGUAUCCCAGUCAUAUUCGCCCCUGACGACUGGUGCAAGAUACUGGAGCAGAUGAUGCUGCUUGUCCUCAUCAUUGGACGAUGGCUGCUGCCCAAGGGGGAGAUAACCCGUGAACAACUCUCCCAGCUCCUGCUGGUGUACAUCGGGAUGGCUGCAGAUAUCAUCGAGCUGUUUGAAGCCUUUAAGGAGAAGGAAGUCCGUUACAACAAGAUCCUUACCAUGAUCAUCCUGUCCAUGUGGACUGCCAGUCUCAUGCAGUUCACGUUUGUCCUAACUGCCACCAAGUCAAAACGAAUGCGCCCUGUCCUGUUUCACUCCGGGAGCUCAGCCUCCACAGUCUCCCUGGGAGGGAAGCCAUGCUGCCCCACCGAGGUGAUAUCUAUCAUGAUCAGUGUCGUGCUUCAGGAUGGCCCGUUCCUGAUCGUGAGGAUGAUGUUGAUAUUCCGAUACAGUGUGUUGAGCUACACUAAUCUGUUCUUCACAUCCAAGAAUACUCUUGUCCUUGUUCUUCAGUUCUACCGCCUGUUGGUUUUAUUCUGUCAAAAGAAAGACAAAUCCACACUGAUCAUAACUAAGGAUGGUUUGAAUUCCACUGAAACCACUGACGCGACGGCUAAAACGGGAUCGGUGAAAAUGACAGGGACUCCAAAGCUGUCCAGGAAGAUGAGUUUGGAUAUAACUCUUGAAAAGCCAGACGGUUUGGCUGAGAGAAGACAAUCUUCACUGAUAAGGCAAGACUCUGUCACAGAUUCCAGCCAGACGCAGGACACUGACGUGAUGGACCUCAUGACUGAAGAAAGCCAUGUCGAGGAUGAAGAAGCUGACAUCUCUUUUGCUGCAGUUCUGAACGAAGAACCUUCCACAGACAAAGGAAAGUCCAAGAAGAAGAAAAGGAAGAAAGAAGACAAGUCAGGAAAAGGAAAGAGUAAACUUACUCUUGACGACAAAAAUCAUUGGGCGGAUGUCAGGAAGAUGGCAACAGCACUAGCGUUCCUGAAUGAAACUGGGAAAUGUCGAACAGUGGUUGUGAAUACUGGCGGUAACGAACAUAGGCUGCUGAUUGUGGAUGAAGCGAGUGCCAAGGAAAUGGUUGGCAAGGGACAUUGACAUUUGCUCUGGAGAGGUGGUUUGGGACCAGAUGUAUGGCAAUAUCCAUCUUGCAUUUGUCAGAGAGCAAGAGACAGUGAAUGAAUUCAAUUUUCGCCAUUUUUGUGUGGAUUAACCCAGUCAUGCCGAAAUAUGAAUUGACUGCAAUGAGCCACGAAACAGAGGACUACGCAUGAUAAGUAUAUACGAUUCGUAGACUGUGAACAUCCUCGAUCAUACAGUGUUUAAUAUUUUCAAAUGAUUGUUAUAAACACCCUGAACCCGUUGACUACUAUAGCCCCAAUAGCAACGACACUGAAGAAGAACAUUCCCUGAAAUCACUGUCACGUGAAAGGCAUCAGACAUUACGGAUAAGAGGAAUGGAAUUGGUGACGUCUCUUCGGGUGAUGGAGGCUUCUGUUUAUGAUUAAACACAAAAUAAUACACUUGAACUUCAAGGAUGGGUAUUGAAUAGGAUAAAAAGAACUCCUGUUGAUUGGACAUUUUUCAUGCUAUGGUUUCAUAUGUCCGAGGAGGGCUAUAUCUAUAUUUACAUAUGGCCAACAUUUUGGAAAUAUGGUAUUGUCAUGCCAUGUUUGUUUAGGCUCGACAGUGCUGUAAUGUUUAGUUCAAGGUAGUAUAUAACAGAUUUAAGGACAAACAACUAUUUCUGCCGAUAGGACGACAAAAAUGUAGCUUUAUGAGAAAUAUCUAAGUGAGAUAUUCAUUCUUUCAUUCAACAACAGAGACCUGGAAAAUAGAAAAAAUACAGUCUCUUAUUUGUGCUGGGUGUUUAUCAAGAGUGCGAUUCAUUUUGUAAUGAAUAUUAGUGUAGGAAA